UCCCCGGUGAGGACAGCUUCCGUUACCGAGUUAUUACAGACAGACACGUUAGAGAUUCUCCGCGAUACGGGGGAUCAUUAGCGGUUAUUUAUCCGUCGUUAUUAUUAACCGGUCGUUUUAUAUUCGGAAUUGUUUUGGGGGUUUAUAAAAAGGAAAACACUACUUCUGGAAGAAACAACGAACAAGAGUUUUUAUCUCGAAACUGCUUCAACUUUCACCCGUUUUGUGGAGGAACGGAACGGAACGGGGAUCUAGGAAGUGUUUCGUUUCCAGUAAAAUAAAACGGAGAGAAAUAAAACAUAAAAAAAGGACAAGAAGAGUUUAUUUUCCCUGUAAAAGUUUUUUUUAAAACCGCAGACAGACGAGACUUGUUUAAAAAAAGAGUCUCGUCAUCAGAAUAGUUGAACAAGUUACCGACAUCCGGUUGGAUUAAAGAACAGCUGCUGUCUGACUCAGAGUAACACACAUCCCGGACCGGGGACUUCUACCGGAACGGGGACUUGUGUGACGGGCGUGGCGUGGCGUGGCGUGGCGGAGGAUUUAUCCCGGGUUUACCUGUGUCUGCGUGUUUGUACAUGAAGAUGUGGGGUGUUUUUGAGUCUCCACUGUCAUAUUAACCCGUGAUAAUCCCACAAGAGAGACAUUUCACAUUCAGUCUGGAACAAUUUACUUCCGCUCUAUUGUAUUGUGUUUUAUUUUACAACACGACGAGACGCACCGACUCUCUCUUGGACGAGCGGUACUUUUAUAUGGUGCUACCGGUUAAUAUUCCCGUCGGUCUGUCUCGGGUUUCUGUCGGGUUUUUUCCAGGAGAAAAGUUGUAUUUAUUUAGUGUUUUAUGGGAAACACGUCGUGGGAAACACGGAUACCAAUACAACAUGAGACAGUUGAACUCCGUUCUGUAAUAUCUAUCGGGUUAUAUAUUAUUGAUCCGUCCGGGAUUUUGAUCAGUCAGGUAUUGAUCAAGUGUAGAGACCAUGGCUCUGUCUCAGGUACAGUGUCUAGAUGAGCAUCACAUCAACUGGCGAGUGACCGAGUCCAAACCAGAGUUCUUCUACAGCGAGGACCAACGUCUCGCUUUAGAGGUUCUGCUAACCGGUGGACGAGAUGCCUUCAACAGCUAUCUCAGUGACCACGAUCUACGACACUUCCUGUCCGAACCGGAACUCUUACAGCUGGAGGGCAACGCGGAGGUCUACCGGCCCGGGAACGAGGCGGGAGCGAACGACGCGUCCGCGAAGGAGUACGACGGAGGAAACGGACCGCUGUCGUUACAGUACUGGCCCGACCGCUCUGAAGGUUCGAUACCCGACCUGGAUCUGGGCUGGCCCGACGCCGCGUCGUACCGAGGAGUGACCCGGGUCAACGUGCACACGCAGCCACCGGCUGACGGUCAAACGCACAUCAAGGAAGUGGUUCGGAAGAUUAUAGCCCAGGCUCAGAAGGUUAUAGCAGUAGUGAUGGACCAGUUCAGUGACGUCGACAUCUUUAGGGACCUGUUAGAUGCGGCCUAUAAGAGAAGAGUUCCUGUCUACAUCGUCAUGGAUACGGCCGGAGUUUCCUGCUUCCUGGACAUGUGUUCUAGGGCCAACAUGCACAGGGGACACCUCAAGAACCUGCGCGUGCGCCACAGUGAAGGAGUAGAGUUCUACACUCGAUCGGCCCAGAAGGUCCGAGGUUCCCUCAGUCAGAGAUACAUGCUGGUGGACGGAGACAGAGCCGUGACCGGGUCAUACAGCUUCACGUGGUCGGCGUCUCGUCUGGACCGGAACCUGAUCACCGUUCUGAGCGGUCAGGCAGUCGAGACGUUCGACAAACAGUUCCGUGACCUCUACAUGACCUCUAGGGGCGUGUCCCUCGCCAAGAUCCCGCUGGAGGAGGAGCCUAUCCCUGACCUCACCCCCGUCGUCGUCACCCCGGCGCCCGUCUCCGCGGCCGUUGCUAGGAAACUCAUCAAUCCUAAAUACGCCCUGGUUACGUCACAGGCUAAAGCUAACAAUGCUAGCCCGGCUAGCUCCGCUAACGACUCCGGCAACAAGAACUCCACUACCCAAAAUCCACUGGGACGGGUUCUAAAGCCUGCCAGAGAGCCAGUCGAGGCCCCGCCCCUCCACCCGGGACUAGCCAAUCUGGAGAAGGCGUACCUGAUCCAAUACCUGCCCACCUGGCCGGAGCCAGACCCUCCCCGCGACGUGAUUGGCUUCAUCAACGUGAGAGACGCGUCCCGCCCCCAACAGGUCCACCUCCAGAGAAGUCAACAGUUUGAGACCAGCCAGGCCAUCAGAUUCAGCUCUCCCUUCAGUGUGCCUGAGAAACCCCUACCUGAGACUGCUACUCUACGGACUACACAGCACGACAAACAUGCACCUGAUACUCAGCACCCUAAUACGCAGAACCCUGGUACGCAGAACCCUGGUACACAGAACCCUGGUACACAGAACCCUGGUACUCAGAACCCUGAUACUCAGAACCCUGAUACUCAGAACCCUGAUACGCCCGAUACACAGAACCCUGAUACUCAGAACCCUGAUACUCAGAACCCUGAUAUACGGAACCCUGAUACUCGGAACCCUGAUACUCGGAACCCUGAUACUCGGAACCCUGAUACUCGGAACCCUGAUACACAGAACCCUGGUACUCAGAACCCUGAUACACAGAAGCCCGGUUCAAACCCCUCCGCCCUGCCAGUCCCUAAACCUCGCACCCUGCAGCUCCUCAUUGGCCCUGCCCAGUCACACCAGUCUGGCCAACCACAGGUCAGCCUGGUCCCCAGGACCGAAAGCCAAUCAGGGACACCGCCUGCCUCCAUCAGCCAAUCAGAAACACUGAUGGAUACCAAGUCCCGCCCUGGACAGAGAGAUGAGGAGGAGGAGUGGCUAGAGGAGGAGGAGUGGCUAGAGGAGGAGGAGUGGCUGGAGGAGGGGCUAGAGGGGAGGCGGGGCAGCAGUAGUCAUGACGAUAAUGGCAGCGCCACGGCGCUGUGUGACCAGACAGCCAAUAACACGUCGUCUGACGACUUAUACUACGAGUGCAACGAAUCAGACCCCGCAGAAUCCUCGCCGGUGGCCAAUGGGGUAACGGCAGAGUUGGGCCGGGUUGACGAGGGUCAUCGUCACGGAAACGGGGUCAAUGUGAUGGCGAGGUUCUCCCAGAGCAUGCUGGACCUUCGGCCUGACAGCCAAUCAAACGACGGGAGAGUUCUAAUGAGCCAAUCACAGGACCGAAGGGGUCAACAGACACGCCCACGGCCACACAGACACAUCGGACAGUUGUUUCAGAGCUCCAGGUCGCCAGGUCGUGAUGGGCGCCAGAGGGGCAGGUCUAAAGUCCUCAUUGCCAAACCAGGAAGUGCUCACCGCUCGCCACUAGCAUCGUGCCCUGUGAUCGGAGGACAUCGCUACUUGCAGGGCCAAUCACUGCAGCCCUCCGAUACUCGCUCCAGCCGGUCGCCACGACGACACAGCCCUGCCUACAAAGGGGCGGGAUUUCCCCCUGGCCACGCCUCCCCACGUCGUGCAUCCAAUCCGGCAGGAGCUAUAGGCGUGUCCUUCUCCAAACUGACCAAUCAACUACUGAGGGGGCAGUAUAUAGCCUCACAGACGAAAGCGUCGCUUGACAACAAGGAGGUCGGCUAGGAUUGGCUAAUGUAUGGACCAAUGGGACGGCUAGCAGGAAGUUAGACAGACAAUGUAACUGGAUGUUGUUGUUUUUUUAUGUUUGUCUGAUUGGUUGCUCUGACCAGAUCGUGCGUCUGAUUGGUUGCUCUGACCAGAUCGUGCGUCUGAUUGGUUGCUCUGACCAGAUCGUGCGUCUGAUUGGUUGCUCUGACCAGAUCGUGCGUCUGAUUGGUUGCUCUGACCAGAUCGUGCGUCUGAUUGGUUGCUCUGACCAGAUCGUGCGUCUGAUUGGUUGCUCUGACCAGAUCGUGUGUCUGAUUGGUUGCUCUGACCAGAUCGUGCGUCUGAUUGGUUGCUCUGACCAGAUCGUGCGUCUGAUUGGUUGCUCUGACCAGAUUGUGCGUCUGAUUGGUUGCUCUGACCAGAUCGUGCGUCUGAUUGGUUGCUCUGACCAGAUCGUGCGUCUGAUUGGUUGCUCUGACCAGAUCGUGCGUCUGAUUGGUUGCUCUGACCAGAUCGUGCGUCUGAUUGGUUGCUCUGACCAGAUCGUGCGUCUGAUUGGUUGCUCUGACCAGAUCGUGCGUCUGAUUGGUUGCUCUGACCAGAUCGUGCGUCUGAUUGGUUGCUCUGACCAGAUCGUGCGUCUGAUUGGUUGCUCUGACCAGAUCGUGCGUCUGAUUGGUUGCUCUGACCAGAUCGUGCGUCUGAUUGGUUGCUCUGACCAGAUCGUGCGUCUGAUUGGUUGCUCUGACCAGAUCGUGCGUCUGAUUGGUUGCUCUGACCAGAUCGUGCGUCUGAUUGGUUGCUCUGACCAGAUCGUGCGUCUGAUUGGUUGCUCUGACCAGAUCGUGCGUCUGAUUGGUUGCUCUGACCAGAUCGUGCGUCUGAUUGGUUGCUCUGACCAGAUCGUGCGUCUGAUUGAUUGCUCUGACCAGAUUAAUAACUUGACUGGACGUUAUCUGAAUGUUGAAAAUGAGACUGGAUGAACAGAGAAUAUUGUAGAUGAACAUGAUACCAAGACGAUGCAGUAACUCAGGGUUACCAAGAUUCACUCUGCUACAACGUGAUGGACCAUAAAACAGAUUCACUCUACUACAACGUGAUGGACCACCAAAAACAGAUUCACUCUACUACAACGUGAUGGACCACCAAAACAGAUUCACUCUACUACAACGUGAUGGACCAUAAAACAGAUUCACUCUACUACAACGUGAUGGACCACCAAAAACAGAUUCACUCUACUACAACGUGAUGGACCACCAAAACAGAUUCACUCUACUACAACGUGAUGGACCACCAAAACAGAUUCACUCUACUACAACGUGAUGGACCAUAAAACAGAUUCACUCUACUACAACGUGAUGGACCACCAAAACAGAUUCACUCUACUACAACGUGAUGGACCCCAAAACAGAUUCACUCUACUACAACGUGAUGGACCACCAAAACAGAUUCACUCUACGACAACGUGAUGGACCACCAAAAACAGAUUCACUCUACUACAACGUGAUGGACCCCAAAACAGAUUCACUCUACUACAACGUGAUGGACCACCAAAACAGAUUCACUCUACUACAACGUGAUGGACCCCAAAACAGAUUCACUCUACUACAACGUGAUGGACCACCAAAACAGAUUCACUCUACUACAACGUGAUGGACCCCAAAAACAGAUUCACUCUACUACAACGUGAUGGACCACCAAAACAGAUUCACUCUAACGUGAUGGACCACCAAAAACAGAUUCACUCUACUACAACGUGAUGGACCCCAAAAACAGAUUCACUCUACUACAACGUGAUGGACCACCAAAAAACAGAGGAUAAGUUUAGCUUCUCGCUUCAUAUUCUUAGUUUUCGCAGAAGUCGUCCUGCUGUUUACUUGGUGCAUCGCUGACUCUACCUUUAACUAACCUUGUCUGGAUGUUUAUCUACUGUAACAUGAAUUGAAUGUUUUGACAAGACAUUUGCCCGGUACUUUUUUGAAUGUUUGACAGAAUUGGGGGGAGUAACGUUUAUGAAACGAUGGCAGAUUCUCCAAAUGUUGGACAUGAACGUUGUUAAAACGUUAGGAGAAUGUUGUUGUUGUUAAUAAAGUGAACUUGACUAAA